UCGAGCAAGCAACCAUCGCCUGCCGCCGGCGCAGCCGGACGAUGCUGCCCUCCGUCCUCUCAAAAUCAACAACCUCGCCGUCUCCCGCUCACCUCCACCGCCUCCUCCCCGCCUCUUCCUACCACACGACCACCCCUCUCCGACUGGCACCCAUUAGCGCACCCUCUCCACUUCCACUUCCACCUCCAGCCCAAAGCCCCUCCUUCCUUUCCCCGUGUCCAUCUCCUUCGCACAACCACUACGCCACCACCCUCCGAUCCUGCGUCCUCUCCAGAGCCGUCCGGCCCGGCCGGCAGCUCCACGCCAGACUCCUGGUCUCCGGCCUCGGCCUAGACACCGCCCUCGCCACCAGGCUUGUCGACCUCUACGCCUCCUGCGGCCAUGUGUCCCACGCGCGGCGCCUGUUCGACGGAAUGCACCAGCAGCGGAACGUCUUCCUGUGGAACGUCCUCAUCCGUUCCUACGCGCGGGACGGGCCCCACGAGGCGGCCAUCGAGAUGUACCGCGCGAUGCUGGCCCAUGGCGGCGUGGAGCCGGAUAACUUCACGUACCCGCCGGUGCUCAAGGCGUGCGCCACGCUUCUGGACCUGGGCGCCGGGCGGGAGGUGCACGAGCGCGUGGCGCACACACAGUGGGCCGCAGAUGUGUUCGUGCGCGCAGGGAUCAUCGACAUGUACGCUAAGUGCGGGUGCGUGGACGAGGCUCGCGCUGUGUUCGACGGGACCACGGUGAGGGACGCCGUGCUGUGGAACUCAAUGAUCGCGGCAUGUGGGCAGAACGGGCGACCGGCGGAGGCGCUUGCUCUUUGCCGUGAUAUGGCAGCAGAAGGCGUUGGGCCAACAAUUGCUACUCUGGUCAGCGCGAUAUCUGCUGCAGCUGAUGCGGCAGCCCUGCCCAGAGGGAGGGAGCUGCAUGGGUACGGUUGGAGGAGAGCGUUCGGGUUACAGGACAAGCUGAAGACUUCCCUUCUGGACAUGUAUGCCAAGAGCGGUUUGGUCAGGGUGGCACGUGUUGUCUUUGAGCAGCUUGUGCACAGAGAUCUUAUUUCCUGGAAUUCCAUGAUCUGUGGAUACGGGAUGCACGGCCAUGCUGAUGAAGCACUUGCACUAUUUAGCAAGAUGAGGAGUGUAGGUCAAGUGAUGCCUGACAAUAUCACUUUUGUUGGGGUUCUAUCCGCUUGUAACCAUGGAGGGAUGGUAAAUGAAGCGAAAGAAUUCUUCGAUCUGAUGGUGAAUGUGUAUUCCAUCAAGCCGACAGUGCAGCAUUACACUUGCCUUGUAGAUGUCCUUGGUCACUCUGGUAAAUUCAAAGAAGCUCUCGAUCUCAUCAAUGGGAUGUUGGUGGAACCAGAUUCAGGGAUAUGGGGUGCACUGCUAAAUGGUUGUAAGAUCCACAAAAAUGUUGAGCUAGCUGAAUUAGCCCUGCAGAAAUUGAUUGAACUGGAGCCUGAAGAUGCUGGUAAUUAUGUGCUUUUAUCAAAUAUAUAUGCGCAGUCUGGGGAAUGGGAACAAGCUGCAAGGAUGAGGAAGCUGAUGACUGGUAGAGGCUUGAAGAAGAUAAUUGCUUGUAGCUGGAUCGAAUUGAAAGGAAAAUCUCACGGGUUUCUUGUUGGUGAUGCUUCUCAUCCUAGAUCAGAUGAAAUAUAUGAAGAGUUGGAGAGAUUGGAAGGUCUCAUAAGUCAAGCUGGCUAUGUGCCUGACACCGCACCAGUUUUCCAUAAUGUGGAAGAUGAUGAAAAGCGGAACAUGGUAAGGGGCCACAGCGAGAGGUUGGCUAUUGCAUUUGGACUCAUUAGCACACCCCCUGGGACAAAGCUGCUUGUGACAAAAAAUCUUCGAGUUUGUGAGGACUGUCAUGUUGUCAUCAAGUUGAUUUCACAAAUUGUGCAGCGUGAAAUUAUCAUAAGAGAUGUUAACCGCUACCAUCACUUUGUAAAUGGUGAAUGCUCCUGCAAAGACCAUUGGUAACUUACACAAGCAAGAGGCUUGUUGAACACUAACAGGAGUCACAUCUGACUAUCUAUCUUCCAUGGCACAAGGUAAAAAUCUCAGAAGAGGAUAAACCUAUUUGAAACAAGACUGGUGAGCCAACUUUAAUAUUCUCGAGAACAAUAAGGUAUAAUUUUCAUUAUCCAUUCAAGCAAUGUAUUGUGUGGGAUGCAUGGUGGGUUUGUAAACAUUCUACUAUAGUGCUGCUCAUUAGAUGGCUUGGAAAUAGCUUUAUGCAUUAGCCAAUUUACAUUCCUUUUCCUAUGGAACUUUAAGUCUCAUCUUACAUACAUAUAAUGAGAGCUGAAGCUCAUACCGCCAGACUAGCACACGCCUCUGCAUGUAUUGCCUGUUGGCCAAGCAGGUAUGCCGUUAAGUCCUCUCUUGGGACACUCCCUCAGUCAUGCCUUCCAGUCUAGCACCUUUGAAAAUUUAGCUGAGUGGUGGGAAGCAGUUCAGCCAGAAAUCCGUAAAGAACAGUGCCGCACUUUUAAUGGAUCGGCCAUAUAUAUCAUGAGGAAUAUUUGGAAAGAACGCAGUUGGUGCAUUUUCCAGAAUGCUAGCCUGACAACUCUUCAGGUCACCGCUCACAAAGAAGGACAUCGAUCAGAGAAGAAGGGCUUUUGCGUUGUGAGCGAGUCAAUUGAGCCAUUUGAUUCCGCUAGGGGAUACUCUCGCUAUGUAAUCUCCCCUUUGUGGUUGCCCGCGGUGUCCCGUCAUUUGUACUUUAAGCUGAUACAUCUUUCCUCUUAAUUGAAUAGCAGAGCUCCCACCUUUUUCAUUAAAAAGAAAGCUGCCAGACAAUGUAUUUUUUCAUGAAUGCACCCCACAUUUUUACAAGGUUGA